AUGACCGUGCAGGUCAGUCGUCCUGGAUUGCCCUUACAACAGCUCAGCAGUUCUGUUCAGGAGAACAAGUAUCUAAGCGUUGUUCAUAUGGACAUCGAUUACAUGAAGGAUUAUCAGGAAUUCACUCUGGCAGAGGCGUGGCAAAAUCUUUCCAAUUUCAUCGAGCAGUUGCAUCGAAAAGGCAUUCAUGCAGUUAUUAAAGUUGGUCCUGCACUUGCGGUGACGGGAGAAGCGUUCCUUAGAGCGAGAAAUGCGGUGAGUUGA